AAACGGAAGCGGUAAUAAUAAAAUUCGGGUCCGUCACCAAUGGCGGGUUCCACGAGCCUUCUUCUUCUUUCUCUCUCUCUCUCCCCCCAAACUCUAAAAUUUUUAUUUCUCUUUCUUGCAAAGAAGAAGAGACAUUAAACCCUAAUCUGUCUGUCUAAUUAACUGACAGAUCCUUAAUACCUUAUCACGCAUCUCUAUGCAUCUUUCACUGUUAUUAUUAUUAUUAUUAUACUUAUAGAAAACAGCAUACACACAAACUCAUAUCUCAGUUUCAUCAAUUCUCCCUCUCUCUCUCUCCUUUGCAUGGACAGCCCUCUCUCAAUUUCACCAAUAUCAACGGGAUUUACAGCAACAACUUCAUCACCAUGAGACCUGAACCUCUUUUGUCUCAAUCAACUACUGAAUUGGGUACUCUGAUAUGGGCUGUGGAGGAUCAAAGGUAGAUGAUUUGCCUUUGGUAACGCGUUGCAGAGAACGUAAAGAACUUAUUAAGGCAGCAUCUGAUCGUCGUUACGCUCUUGCUGCUGCUCAUGUAUUGUAUUUCCAUUCUUUAAAAGAUGUUGGUGAUGCAAUUCGCAGAUUUGUUGAUGAAGAGCUUGUGAUCGCUUCAACUCCUGCUUCCCCUGUUCUUACUCUGCCUUCAAGAGAAGGUAAAUCUAAGCAUAAUUCAUCCUCUUCUACCUCACUUUCUCAUUCUGUCGAUAGCAGUGGUCAUAGUCAUAAUCAUCAUCAGCAUAAUAGCAAAAGUAAACAUAAAGAGGAACUUGAAGAUUCGCAUUUGCAUUUGUCGUCCGGGUCAUCUGACUUGGACUCUGAUUCGGGUCAUAUCCACAUUCAUGAUUCCCCUGAAAAAGAAGAUCAGCAUGAAGGAGCUUCAACUUCUUAUAAUAAUAAUAAUAAUAAUAAUAAUAAUAAUUACAAUGAAUAUCCUCCUCGAGGGAAUUGGGGGUAUAAUUAUGAUUUUAAUUAUCCGGGAGAUAAUAACCCAUAUCCAUCAUAUUCUUAUCCAUACCCAAGUCCGUUCCCCAGUAAUCCUAAUCCCAACAUGUAUUACAUGAAGAAGUCAGCUACUCCGGCCAAAACAGUUGUUUAUGAGGAUCCAACUGUAAAUGGGUAUUCAAGUUAUUAUGGGAAUGCCGGGUAUUUUGGGUAUCCAAUGAUGGCUUCCCCGCCAAGAGAACCCAGUCCACAGAGGCCUCCACCUGUGCCUCCAUCGCCACCUAGAGUGUCAACAUGGGACUUCUUGAAUGUGUUUGAGACACUUGAUAAUGAUGCUGUUGGUGGGUACCAAUCAGCUUAUUACUCAGCAGGAAGAUACGGUUACGGGUCGACUACCAGCAGUCCGGAUUCGAAAGAGGUGAGAGAAAGGGAAGGGAUUCCUGAUCUGGAAGAUGAAACAGAAGAACAAGUUAUUAAACAAGUUGAUAAAGAAAAGAAGCGAGUGAAGGAGGAAAUGAAUGCAAAUAGAGGCAGCAAAUUCCAUGAAGAAGAAGUGAGUGAGAAUUAUGGCGAAGGAACAUCAAAAUCAAAAUCAGUGCCGGUCCAAAUCAGCAGUGAGAGCAUAAUUAAGGGUAAAGAAAUCAAGACUAGUACUAGUCCUGAUACAUUUCGUAGUCCUGAUAGCAUUCUUUCUACUAAAAGUCCUGAUGAGGAUUCCGUGAGGAAAAGAGUGAGCUUUGAAGUUGAGGAGACUUCUACUACAAUGGAGGAUGUUGAGUCUUCUUCAAAGCCUAGUAGUUUAACUACAUUAUCAGCUCAUGGUACUAGAGAUCUCCAAGAAGUUGUCAUGGAAAUAAGGGAUGAGUUUGAAACCGCCUCUAGUUAUGGGAAGGAGGUGGCAUCACUGCUCGAGGUGGGAAAAUUGCCUUACCAGCGAAGAACCACAUUGCUCAGAGUGAUUCUUUCCCGGAUCCUUUAUCUGGUGUCAUCACACCCUCCUACUAGGCCAUCAGUUCAAAUCUCUUCUAAGACGAUGAAAAUAGCAAAAGCAUACUCUGGGGAACCUGGAAAUCAUUUCGACAUGAGAUCUAAAAACCUAUCUGCUACCUUAGAGAAACUUUAUGCUUGGGAGAAGAAACUAUACAAGGAAGUUAAGGAUGAAGAAAGGCUACGCAUUACCUAUGAAAAACAGUGCAAGAGAUUAAAAACUUUAGAUGAACAUGGAGCGGAAUCUAGUAAAAUUGAUGCUACCCAGGCAUCAAUAAGGAAGUUGCUGACAAAAAUCAAUGUCACUAUCAGAGCUGUAGAUGCUAUAUCAAGCAAGAUACACAGGUUAAGGGAUGAAGAGUUGCAGCCUCAAAUCACAGAAUUGAUUCAUGGAUUGAUAAGAAUGUGGAAGUCUAUGCUUAGAUGCCAUCAGAAACAGUUCCAAGCACUCAUGGAGAGCAAAGUUCGGUCUCUCAGGGCAAACACUGGUUUGCGUAGAGAUUCUAGUUUGAGAGCUACUCUUGUACUUGAAACAGAGCUAAUCAAUUGGUGCAACUGCUUUAAUAAAUGGGUUAAUACCCAAAAAUCUUAUGUUGAGUCACUGAAUGAGUGGCUUUUGAGGUGUCUUCUCAUUGAGCCAGAAGAAACAGCUGAUGGAAUUGCACCCUUCUCUCCAAGUAGAAUGGGCGCACCACCUAUAUUUGUACUCUGCAAUGAUUGGUAUCAAGCUAUGGUUACAAUAUCAGAGAAGGGGGUGGAAAAUGCCAUGCUUGAAUUUGCUUCAAGCUUACAUAAAUUGUGGGAACGGCAGGAUGAGGAGCAGCGUCAGAGGACCAAAGCAGAAUACUUAACAAAGGAUUUUGAGAAACGUUUAAGGACCUUAAGAAUGGAGAGAGGAAGAAUUGAGCAUGAACAGAAUGCAUUGUCUGAUAAAUCCAUGUCAAAGGCUCCUUCAGGAAAUGGAGUUUCACCACUAGAUGAUCUGCAGGUGGAUUUGGAUUCAAUGAGGAAGAAAUUAGAAGAAGAAAGAGGCAGGCAUAAGGAAGCUGCUAAACUAGUUCAUGAUGCAGCUUCAGGCAGUUUACAAGCAGGCUUGGUCCCAAUAUUUGAAGCUCUGGGCAACUUCACUUCAGAGGUUUUGAAAGCUCACGAGGAAGUUAGGCUCGAAACUGCUAGAGGUUCUUAGUAAACUGAAUACAUCUAUAUUUCUGCUUCAGCAGGUGGAGCCUGCCUUGCCAUGCACAGUUGCCAUCAAAUGACAUACAUAUACAACUGUUAGAUUGUAGAGGGAGAGGAAGAAGAGAGAAAAAAUGAAAAAAAGACUAUACGAUUCGAAGAGCAGCUUUAGGAAAAGAUUGAGAAAAGAUGGGGUUGGUGUAGAAUUGCUUAGAGAAGUUGAAGGUUCAUUGGAAGAAAACUGUGGUGGGUAAGUUACAAUGGUUUUUCUAUUUUUCCUUUUAAUUUAUAUGGUUUUGCUAUGACCCCUUUGGUAGAUAUAUAGAAACUUUGUACAUAAAUAUUCAUUUAUUGGUUGAUUGAUUGGUGGGUGGCUGUAUUUGUUGUAACUGGACUGAGGAGGAGGAGGAGGAGGUGGAGGCGGAGGAGGAGGAUUUCAGUUAGAAUAAUGUACACCUGUUAGUGUAGAAGAUUAGAAGUAAACAUGUUUUGAAUGAAGCACUUGGUCAUGAUA